CGCCUUGGUUGGGGAGGCGGUUGUUAAUAAAGUAUUUUAUUAAGUCACUGCGCAAGCGCAGCCGGUGGAAGUUGUGCGUGUGGUAAACGUGAAGAGUGCAGCCUGCGACGAUGGAUUUCCAGCACAGGCCGGGAGGGAAGACGGGGAGCGGGGGCGUGGCCUCCUCCUCGGAGAGUAACCGCGACCGGCGAGAGCGUCUGCGGCAGCUCGCCCUCGAGACCAUCGACAUCAACAAGGACCCCUACUUCAUGAAGAACCACCUGGGCUCCUAUGAGUGCAAGCUGUGCCUGACCCUGCACAACAACGAGGGAAGCUAUUUAGCUCACACACAAGGAAAGAAACAUCAAACAAAUCUAGCACGGAGAGCAGCUAAAGAAGCCAAGGAAGCCCCUCAGCAGCCUGCGCCGGAGAAGGUGAAGGUGGAAGUGAAGAAGUUUGUGAAGAUCGGCCGCCCUGGAUACAAAGUAACAAAACAGAGGGACCCAGAAACAGGACAGCAGAGUCUGCUUUUCCAGAUUGACUACCCGGAGAUCUCGGAGAGCAUUGCCCCUCGGCACCGAUUCAUGUCGGCUUACGAGCAGCGCAUUGAGCCCCCGGACCGGCGUUGGCAGUACCUGCUGCUCGCCGCGGAGCCCUACGAGACCAUUGCGUUCAAGGUACCCAGCAGAGAGAUAGACAAAGGAGAGAGCAGGUUCUGGACCCACUGGAACAGAGAGACCAAACAGUUUUUCCUGCAGUUCCACUUCAAGAUGGAGAAAGCCAUGCAGCCUCCUAGUGGCCCCAUGCCCCCCAUGGGGAUGAAGAGACCCCCUCCCCUAAUGGGGAGCCUGACCCCCCGACCCCCUCCAGAAUCCCGUCCCCCGCAGAUGCCUCCACAGAUGCCCCCUCAGAUGCCUCCACAGAUGCCCCCUCAGAUGCCUCCACAGAUGCCCCCUCAGAUGCCUCCACAGAUGCCCCCUCAGAUGCCUCCACAGAUGCCCCCUCAGAUGCCUCCACAGAUGCCUCCACAGAUGCCCCCGCAGAUGCCCCCCAGCCCUGGAAUGCCCCCUCCGGCCCCCCUGCCCCCCCUCAUGAGGCCGCCGCUGCCAAGCGAAGGCCCGGGGGGCGUGCCACCCCCUCCUCCAAGCAACUGAACACCCUCCCCCUUCUGACCCUUGUGUUUUUAAACAUCAAGGAUCUAGGUGUUUUUAAUUGUUUGUUGAGGCUGCUGCCUGCCUCGUUGCUGUACUGAUGAAUAAAGUUUUUUUUUUUUCUUUUCCA